GGAUCGUAUCAUGGUUGAUCGCAUCGACGGAAGUCGGGCCGCUGCUGAGUCAUCUUCAUGCCUCAGGCAGCCGCCGGAAGUUUGCGUCGACCAGUGACGUAGCAGCCGCCACUUCGGACUAGGUAGUAAGUACUUAUCGUAUCACGCAAGUUCCAUCAUUGUCGUGACCAUCGAGCUCUGCGUUGUUUGCAGCAUCCUUAGACACAUCUCUUGUUAUCCUGUGACCAGACGGUCUAUUCAGACAUAGCAAUUAUACUCCAUCCUGCAACUAUAACAGACAUGAAGCUGUCUCACUAUCUUUUCGUUUUCACCUUUGGGCUCUUGCAAGUAGCCCUUGCAGUCCAACCACAGAAGUCUGUUGUCAUCACUUUCCCCGACAAUACCCCAGACUCAGUCUUGAAUGAUGCAAAGAGGACGAUUACUGAUGCUGGCGGUUGGAUCACUCACGAAUAUAACCUGAUCAAAGGUUUUGCCGCGAAAGCUACCACCAACGCACUUCAGACUAUAUCUACUUCGUCUACCGCUUUUCUCCCCGUCAUCGAAGAAGAUAAAGUCGUAAGCGCUAGUGGUGAUUUUGUUGGGGAGUAGGAAUUUUGGAUCGUUCCGCAAUUGCUGAAACGUUCGAGUGCCUGGCGCAUUACGAUGCUUUAGUGAUGCUGGUAUCAAGACUUUACCAGGCGCUGCUUUGGGAAAGGCAAACGUCUUUUGUAUGGUUGCUGUAAAUAUGGAUUAUUGAUUAGGGUAUUGGUUUCUAUGUGCAUAUCAUUUUGGGACGGGGCGACUUCUUUGAGGUUGUGGCGCACGGUUUUUAUUCUUUAAUAAUGUAAUUCGUUUCAAUGACUCACCUAUGCAAAGCGCCUAGCAAUGACAAUGGACUUCAGUCAUACCAAAA